UUUUUUCAGCGGCAAUUUGAAGAAAUCUAAAAUGUGUGAGCGUCUAUAAUUUUGAGAGAUUCAUAUUUAUGAAGUAAAUACCCGACUCAUAUUAAAUCCAGAUAUUUUUCAGUAAUUGAAAAACAACAAGCAACAAAGAUCCCCUACGCAGGAGUCCUGUAGUCUAGUGUCCAUCCCAGACGGCGAGCACGCAGUGUGAGACUACCGGCACACGAAGUGGACUAGCCGACUUACGGUUUUCAUCCAGCGUUUUGAGCCUGUAAAUACGUCCGUACAGCGCACACCCGAUCUAUUUGAGAUGCCAGUGUUGUGAUCAUUUACUUGCAGUUGUGGGUUUGGAAGCAGGUACGCAUCGAUCUUCAAACAACUUUGGCGGCCGGUGACAAAUUUUCACUGGAAGUCGUAGAAAGAGGAGUUCGGCGAGGAUCAUCAAUUAGGAACGAUGGGCCCAAUGACCGAUGCAGCGGCAGAGCCGCUCGAACGGAGACCUGAUGCGCUGAUGAGGAAGUCAAUCCGUCCACGAUCGGCGGGGCCGACCUACCGCCGUUUUCCGUGUACGGCACAGCCAAGUCCGAGUUGGUACCAGUACCCGCGUCCGGAUUACUACGCAGAGUACGACCGAGGCGAGAAAGUGGGUCACUUGUGCCGACCGGAAUCAGGCACCGCAGUCAUGUAUCACACUCUUCGCCUUCCGCCACAGCCAGAGGCUGUUCUUACGAUUGACGUCAACGAGGCGCGGCGAGCAAGUACAAUUACAAUUGAUUCUGCUUCCUCUAUCAACAACCUAAUUCGAAGUGAGCUUGGCAUCAACAUCAUUUGGUGUAGAAUCAGCGGUAUUAUACUUCGACCCACUUAGCUUGGUCGAUGAAGAUGUGAUGGAUCUAGACGCCGCGAGACCAACAAAAAGCAAGAUAAUCAAAAGGAUAGUAGAAACAGCGUCUUCACGUAAAAGGAUAGUAGAAACACGUCUUCACGUAGAAUCAGAGUGGUGAUUACUGUUCCCUCAUCAGGACCACGGACAGCUAUUGCUGCACCUCGCGUUGAAAAGCCAGAACUCAUGGUGCGUGUACGCGAUGAAGAGACCAAAAAGAAGAAGUGGGAGCGGCCAAAAACUGCACCGAGCACUAGAACGCGCGCGCCUGAAGACAUCAGAAGUGUGCAAAGCAGCGCUGCUGACGCCGGUGUUAGCAGUCCGCCUGUUGCACAAGAAAGAACGGUUGAAAUUAAUGCAACGACUGCAGGAGGCGGUGGGGGCGCGCUCGGUGGCAGUGGCAGAAAUACAACCGAGGAGGCUCAUAGUGCAGGAGUUGUAAAGCAUCCGCAGAGUGGGGCAGCCGCCGUAUCUUCGUCACAGCAUUAUGGGCGGCGAAAGGCUGAGAAAGGGAACAAGGCUUCUUACACGACCGCCACUAGAAAAUCCGUACGUCCUGCCGUAGCCACGAUCGAUGCGCGAUUCGAAAAAAUCACUGGAUUUGGCGGUUACGUUCCUGGUGAGCAAGAGAACAUUGGUGCAAAACGUUUCACGAGGUCCGUAAAUAGCAGUCCGUAUUUACCAGCGGCACGCGAUCCUCCACUGCAGUCGCUUUCCAGUGGUGCGCCUGCGUCCAGUUGGCAAGCAAAUAUUCAACCACCAGCAGAAGUCAAGGCGCGUUAUCUUCGGAAAUUCGCCGAGAUAUGCAAUCGCAUGCCACCAAAUUCCUACGCCGAACGAAGCAAACAAAGAUAUAUUCGAGGAAAAACGUAAUGGAAAUAAAAGAUGCAUUUGCCAACCCAUGGUCCUUGCAUUUUAUGUGAAAAAUGAUGCAUGAACGUUUAUUUGAUAAUAUAAUUUAAUCACGCUCAACAAAAUGUUCGAGUUCGCCGGUUCAGGUAAGAUCCUUUAUUAGUCCUUCGGUUCUAGCUACUACAGGGACAUUCCUACUGCUUGCGCAUGUACUUAAACUAACAUUAUUUAUUGUAGUGCAAGUAAGUAGAGACGCCUUCAGUUUCUCAUCGUGAAGUUGAGCUUCAGAAGUUCUUGUACUACGUAGAAUAUAUAUAUAAAACAUUGACUACUACAGAAUCUGGCGUGGUCCUCACGAGUACAGCUACAAAGCGCCCAAAGAUCCACCAGCGGUGUGUAAUCCGCGAAAAGGCCUGCAUCCGGAAGCUGGCAUCAGCUGGCAUCCUGUUCCAACGCCGGCUGAGGUACCUGAGCGCAAUCUCGGACGGGUCUACGGCGCGGAUUCUCUGUACUGAAAAUAGACUUUUGUCCUCCAGUUUCUUUAGUUCUGGAUUUGUGCCGCUUCCUCUAUAUACAUUGCUAGAAAAAAAAGCUGUCCUGAGAUAAUGGUGAUGCAGCGGGCAACUUAGUAUGCCAUGUUGGCUCUGAAGUUUUUGAUCGCCUCGUCGAAAUCGCCUUCCCGCUCACUUCAGUGAUUUUCGCGCGUAUGACCAAAAACGGCGUUCCGAUCACUAUCGCUUUCUGAUAUCGCAGUCGCGUGCCCAGCUUAUCGGGAAGCCAAAAAUAAUGCCACAUGUAUAACCUUCUUCAUUUUCGAGUGUACUUAAAUGAAAAAGCGGUGAUAGAUAAAGUCAUCUCUGGAGGUCCACAUUGAUGAGGCGUGUGUGACGGAAUAACGUUUUUUAUCCCUGGAAACCAGCCAUUACUCUCAGUAGAGCUCGGUGUUGAAUAUUGUAGUCUGUGUGUGGAAUUACCUCUUUGUGCGGAAAUGAAACCUCUGUAAUUUUUUAGGUACCAACUUUGGAUUGCUAGGGUUCGCGUCGUAUCCCGGGCGCUCGUAUCACGGGCAUUUCUCACGACUUGUAGCUGAUAGCUUCCUGAGCGUGUUCCCCUUCGGAAGUAGACUGCUGCGCGGAAGUCGAGGCGGAGCGAUGAAUGUCCUCUUAUUUUGCGUUUCGAAUUUUCUUAGCAGAAAUGUGAAAUCUUGAGGCUAUUGAAUCUGACGUCGAUGGCGAAGCUCCGUCAUUUUCCUAGUGCAAUACUGUCAAGACAACUUUCCAUAACCUUGAUUAUUUACUGUGCAAGUGCUUAUUAACUCUGCAGAACACGUCGAAAGACCAUACAGCUGUGUUGCACAACAGAGGACAUGUGUUGCACAACAGAGGACAUGCGCAGGCUGCCUAACCAUACGCAGCAGGAACAUUAGGAUUCCAAUUAAUACUGUUCCAU